AUGUCACAGCUGCUCCGUCCGACGGCCGAGGUUCCGGGUCCCACGUUGAGUCGCGACAUGCAAGCCUUGUUUGAGGACGGCAUCUGCAGCGACGUGCACUUCAAGGUGCAGGAAGAGAUGAUCCCGGCACACUCGCAUGUCCUCUUCGCCAGAUCGGAAGUUUUCAGGAAGGAGCUUACCGGCGGCAUGCAGGAAUCGGCAUCGAAAGUGGUCUCGAUUGAGGAUUGCGAUGUGGCUACCUUUAAGGCUUUCCUGCGGUUCCUUUACACCGACUGCCUCCCCACCGUUGCGGAGCUGUCGAGCGGAUCUGGCGAGGCGAAAGCGUCGGAGCCGGACCUGUCGCGGGUGCAGGCGUUGCUGGCAGUCAGUCACAGGUAUCAGACUACGAGGCUUCAGCUGUGGUGUGAGAAUCAGCUUUGCCAGGGGCUCAAGAUUGCGGAGGUCUGCAGUAUCCUGGAGCAAGCGAAUCUGCUCGAUGCCCAGCAGCUCGUAAAGGCUUGCCUCUCGUUCAUCAAGGACCAUCUGACAGAGGUCUUCAAGCUCCCGGAUUACAUUGAGCUGGCGAAGAGGUGGCCGGACGUCGGGAUGAAGAUUAGCCUCGUCUCAGCAGGAGUGCCCGAAGCCAAGGCGGAUGAAGUG